UAAAUUCUUCCUAAAAUUUAUAACAAUUACGGGGCUAAAUUGGUUUUAUCAGAUUUCCAGUGCUUAUGUUAAACGUUUUAGCUUUUUUUUAGGUUUUUCUUGUUGAAUUGUCGAAGCAUAAAAAUACUUGAAGCUGCGAUAAUGAACAAAUAACUCACACCAAUGUGCGCCCGAUGCACCGUAUUGUAUACACGUUAUCAUUCUUAUCCAGUCAUUGAGAAGUGUCAAUCAUUGAAGCUGCAUUCGAAACAGAUAAACCUCGGUCCUGAAACUGAUCCAGAAUCUAUGUCUGUGUCCGACCUGAACGUAUCCCAUUAUAUCAGUGGACUAAGAAGCACUCUCAGUGAAGGAUAUUCCCACUGGAACUCCGGAUCGGAAUCGGGUUCUGAAACUGAUAUCGAGCCGUUAACAUUCUGGAACUGGCCUCGAAUCCCGAAACCCACUCCAAGAACCAGUCCUAAACCUAUCAAGAUGCUGGAACUGAUACGAAACUUUUUCCGGUUGUGGCACUGUUUCCACACCUGUCUUCCUGCUUAGGAACUGACACUACACCAAUCUCUUAACUAGAACUAAUUGCAUACGAUUUUGAUGGCUUUAUGAAUUUCGUCUUUAGCGCUAAUCUCGCGUCUUUCCCGAUUGCAAAAAGUUAUUCAAAGACAGUUGCAGUCUUGUAGCUGAUAUAGAACUUUUCUAAAUUUGCCGGAACUGGUUCCAAACCGAUGUCGAUGCUUCAAUUUGCAUAUAAUUUACUUGAAUGCUGCGACUCAAUACUCAUUUUCACAUGAGCCAAUGAGGUUUGUGAGGACGAUAUUAAUUCCUGGAAAGAUCCUCAAAAAAAAUUCCAAAAAACCUCCCCACUUCUCCAGCAACCACCAAAAGCCUACUGGGUGGAUUCGACACCGCGCGCGCCCUGUUUGCAAGUGUGCGAAGUAUACGAAGCCUCCCCACCCUUUGCACACACACUAACAUACGCACACACUCACAGACAGCCCAACACACAACCUUUUACAGCCGGGGCUGUACUCGCACAUCGUGCGCUUCACGCUUCACCGGGCCUCAUUGCCGAAAGGGAACGGAAAGGAAACGGCAGCUCGAACACAGCCUUUAGCGUGUGUGACCCCUCGCGUCUAGUUCGCCAGCUCUCCUUCUACAGCCCCACCGCUCCACCGUCGCAAACACAACACGCUACGCACCCGUGUGUCAGUUCUUGAGCUCUUCCAUCGAAUUUUGGAUUUCAGUCGACGAUGAGCAGCGCUGAACCGCAGACGAAGAAAACGAAAAUGGCUUCGAGUUUGGAACAACUGAAACAGCUCACCACGAUCGUGGCCGACACCGGCGACUUCGAGGCGAUGAAAACGUACAAGCCGACCGACGCUACGACGAAUCCGUCGCUGAUUCUGUCCGCGGCCGGCAUGGAGCAGUACCAGCAUCUGAUCGAUAAGGCCAUCAAGCACGGACAGAAGGCGGGAACCACGCUGGACGAACAGGUGUCCGAGGCGGCCGACAUGCUGUUCGUGCUGUUCGGGUGCGAAAUUCUGAAGCUCGUGCCGGGCCGCGUGUCGACCGAAAUCGAUGCCCGGCUGUCCUUCAACAAGGAAGCGUCGGUGGCGAAAGCCUUGAAGCUGAUCGCACUGUACGAGGAGCGCGGCAUCAAGCGGGACCGGGUGCUGAUCAAGCUCGCCUCCACCUGGGAGGGCAUCCAGGCGGCCAGUGUGCUGGAGAAGGAGCACAACAUCCACUGCAACUUGACGCUGUUGUUCUCGUUCGCGCAGGCGGUGGCCUGUGCCGAGGCGGGCGUCACCCUCAUCUCACCGUUCGUGGGCCGCAUUCUCGACUGGUACGUGGCCAACACGGAGCAGAAAGCGUUCGAGCCGGAGCAGGAUCCGGGCGUCGUGUCGGUGACGAAGAUUUACAACUACUACAAGAAGUUCGGCUACAAGACGGUCGUGAUGGGCGCGUCGUUCCGCAACGUGGGCGAGAUAAUGGCGCUGGCCGGGUGCGAUCUGCUCACGAUCAGCCCGAAGCUGCUCGGCGAGCUGGAGAAGAGUGCGGAACCGGUCAAGCGCUAUCUGGAUGCGGAGAAGGCGAAGGAGGUGCCGCUGGAGAAGGUGCAGAUGGACGAGGCCACGUUCCGCUGGAUGCUGAACGAGGACCAGAUGUCGACGGACAAGCUGUCGGACGGUAUUCGCAAGUUUGCGGCCGACGGUCGCAAGCUGGAAACGAUGCUGCGUGGUCUGCUGCAGUAAGGGUGAGGGUUCGGAGAGACUGGAGAGGAGUGCGCGGUACGGUAAAACUGGUGCCGAGGCGGCCCAACAAAGGUUAAAACGAAAAAGGCUCUUUAUGUUGUGUGUUGUCGUUGUUUUCUUCUGGAAUUAAAUGUGCUUAUAUUUUGAUAAAUA